GGAGCAGGGGCGGGUUUGGACCUGCGCGACGCGCUGGAGGAUGUGUCCCGGUCUCCCGGGAGGAGGCGAGUCUAGACGCCACCCGGUAACCUUAUCUUGGUAAAUAUACUGGAUUGAAUGCAUGGAAGACUGAAGUCCUCUAUUUAUCCUCCAAAGAGGUGCAGCAGCACUGCAAACUAUAAAUAGUAAUGAUAAAAUCUCCAUUUUGUGUAAUAAAUGAAAAAGAAUAAACCAUGGGAAACCCAGAAAACAUAGGAGAUGCAUAUGUUGCUGUGAUUCGUCCAAAGACUACUGCUAGCCUGAAUUCUCGGGAAUAUCGAGCUAAAUCAUAUGAAAUUUUGUUGCUUGAGGUUCCCAUUGAAGGACAAAAGAAAAAGAGAAAGAAAGUUUUGUUGGAAACUAAACUUCAGGGAGGCAGUGAGAUAACCCAGAGCAUCUUGGAUUAUGUAGUAGAAACCACCAAACCAAUUUCACCAGCUAAUCAAGGUAUCAAAGGAAAGCGAGUAGUGUUAAUGAAGAAAUUUCCUCUUGAUGGAGAGAAGGUGGGCAGGGAAGCCUCUCUUUUCAUUGUUCCAACUGUUGUCAAAGAUAAUACAAAAUACGCAUACAGUCCUGGAUGCCCAGUUUUCUACUGCUUACAGGACAUCAUGAGGGUCUGCAGCGAAUCCAGCACUCAUUUUGCUACACUCACUGCUAGAAUGUUAAUAGCCUUGGAUAAGUGGUUAGAUGAACGACAUACACAAUCUCAUUCCAUCCCAGCUUUAUUCAGACCAUCUCCUCUUGAGAGGAUUAAAACUAAUGUUUCAAACCCUGCAUAUGCUAUUGAACCUGGUCAGACGGAGAGCUCUCUACACAUGGGAUAUACUGCAUUAGAAAUAAAGAGCAAAAUGUUGGCGCUGGAGAAAGCAGAUAUGUGUAUCUACAACCCUUUGUUUGGGUCGGAUCUUCAAUAUACCAACAGGGUUGAUAAAGUGGUUAUAAAUCCAUACUUUGGUCUUGGAGCUCCAGACUAUUCAAAGAUUCAGAUUCCAAAACGAGAAAAGUGGCAACGCAGCAUGAGCAGUGUCACAGAAGACAAAGAGCGCCAAUGGGUAGAUGAUUUCCCUCUUCAUCGCAGUGCUUGUGAAGGAGACUCUGAAUUACUUAGUCGCCUUCUAGAUGACAACUUUUCAGUCAACCAGUUAGACAGUGACCAUUGGGCACCUAUCCAUUAUGCGUGCUGGUAUGGAAAAGUUGAAGCCACUCGAAUGUUGCUGGAGAAAGGGAAAUGUAAUCCAAACCUACUGAAUGGACAACUUAGCUCUCCUCUUCAUUUUGCUGCUGGAGGAGGACAUGUUGAAAUUGUGAAAAUUCUUCUAAACCAUCUGGAAAUUGACAGACACAUUACUGAUCAACAAGGAAGAUCCCCAUUGAAUGUCUGCGAAGAGAGCAAACAAAAUGAUUGGGAAGAAACAGCAAAACUGCUGAAGGAAGCCAUAAAUAAACCUUAUGAGAAGGUACGGAUUUAUCGAAUGGAUGGGUCAUAUCGUUCUGUUGAGUUGAAACAUGGAAACAAUACUACUGUACAGCAGAUAAUGGAAGGAAUGCGUCUGUCUCAAGAAACACAGCAGUACUUCACUAUUUGGAUUUGUUCUGAGAACCUUAGCCUCCAGCUGAAGCCAUAUCAUAAACCUUUGCAGCAUGUUCGUGACUGGCCUGAAAUACUCACUGAACUGACAAACUUGGAUCCUCAAAGGGAAACCCCACAGCUUUUCCUGAGGAGGGAUGUGAGACUUCCUUUGGAGGUUGAAAAAAAGAUUGAGGAUCCACUGGCUAUUCUUAUCCUGUUUGAUGAAGCCAGAUAUAAUUUGCUGAAAGGCUUCUAUACUUCACCUGAUGCCAAACUGAUCACACUGGCAAGUCUGCUGCUACAAAUAGUCUAUGGAAAUUAUGAGAGUAAGAAACACAAACAAGGUUUCCUAAAUGAAGAAAAUCUUAAAUCCAUAGUACCCAUCACCAAACUAAAAAGUAAGGCUCCUCACUGGACAAAUAGGAUACUUCAUGAAUACAAGAGUCUCAGCUCUAGUGAAGGUAUAAGUAAAGAGAUGCAUCACCUGCAACGCAUGUUCUUGCAGAAUUGCUGGGAAAUUCCUACCUAUGGAGCUGCUUUUUUCACAGGACAGGUAUUCACCAAGGCAAGUUCAAGCAGUCAUAAAGUCAUCAGAGUCUACGUAGGAGUAAAUGUAAAAGGACUGCAUCUCCUCAAUAUGGAAACCAAGGGUUUGCUUAUCAGUCUAAAGUAUGGUUGCUUUAUGUGGCAGUUAGGAGAUGCUGAUACCUGUUUUCAAAUCCAUAGUCUGGAAAACAAAAUGAGCUUCAUAGUGCAUACCAAACAGGCAGGUCUUGUCGUAAAACUGCUGAUGAAAUUAAACAGCCAGUUAAUGUCUUCUGAACGAAAUGAAUGACAGCGAUGGACAGUGAUUAUGCAACAGUGUUUUGUAAAC